UGCGAAGGGCGUCGUCCGUGGUUGAGCGGGGCUCCUCUUAAAGGGGCCGCGCUCCCCCGCCGAGGCCGCGAGAAGCGAAAGUGGAUGGAGUUUGGGGUCCUCGGAACGGGCCGGCUGGAGAUGAGGCGCGGUCCGCACAGGAGGCUGCGGGGCUCCGCGGGGAUCACCUGGGGCGAGCGGAACCGAGACCCCGGGUCCGGGACGAGGCUGACGGAGGAGCCUGGAGCCCACGCUCAGCCCUCGGAGAACGAUCGGGGUCUUCCAGAGCCCGGCCCUCAGCCCUUCCAGCCAAUCAGCUACGAAGACGGCUGCGCGCCGGGUUCCCAUUGGUCACUUCUCUAGCGAAUUUCUUUCCACGGAGCCUGACGUUUGCCGGGCUCUCUAUGCGGGGAGAGUUCCUGCGGCUCAGGCCGACCUGUGGAAGGAGAUCAGAGGCCGGCAGACUUUUGCCCGGAGCCACACAGUUCACCCGUUCUUUGUCCUGUCCUCCCUGCUCUGUCUCCGGCCCAGAGUCACCAUGGCCUUGCGGACGCAGCUGAUGCUCCUACUGUGGAAAAAUUACACAUAUCGACGGAGACAACCGAUCCAACUUCUAGUGGAGUUACUGUGGCCCCUCUUCCUCUUCUUCAUCUUAGUUGCCGUCCGUCACUCCCACCCCCCACUAGAACACCACGAAUGCCACUUUCCAAACAAGCCAUUACCAUCAGCGGGCACAGUGCCCUGGCUGCAGGGCCUUGUCUGCAACGUGAACAACUCCUGCUUCCAACACCCGACGCCCGGUGAGGAGCCCGGGGUCCUUAGCAACUUUAAGGAUUCCUUGGUCUCGAGGCUCCUUGCUGACGCCCGCACGGUGCUGGGGGGCCGAAGCACCCAGGACAUGCUGGAUGCUCUGAGGAAACUUAUCCCCGUGCUCAAGGCGGUGGGAGGCAGAGCACGGCUACAGGAGAGUAACCAACCGACCAGUCAAGGGUCAGUGACUGAGCUCCUGGAGAAGGUCCUGCACCGGGUGGCCCUGGAGCCUGUGCUGGGCCAAGCCCAGGAGUCCGUGAGAACGUUCUCGGAUGCUGCGAGGGGUCUUGCCCAGGAGCUCCUGACACUGCCCAGCCUGACGGAGCUCCAAGCUUUGCUGCGGAGGCCCCGGGGGUCGGCUGGUUCUCUGGAGCUGGUUUCGGAGGCCCUCUGCAGUACCAAGGGGUCCAGCAGCCCAGGGGGGCUGUCCCUCAACUGGUACGAAGCCAGCCAGCUGAACGAGUUCAUGGGCCCAGAGCUGGCACCGGCCCUGCCCGACAGCAGUCUCAGCCCUGCCUGCUCCGAGUUCGUGGGGACACUGGAUGACCACCCUGUGUCCCGGCUGCUCUGGAAGCGCCUGAAGCCAUUGGUCCUCGGGAAAAUUCUCUUUGCACCGGACACAACCUUCACUCGGAAGGUCAUGGCUCAGGUGAACCACACCUUCGAAGAACUGGCUCUGUUGAGGGACCUACACGAACUCUGGGGGGUGCUGGGACCCCAGAUCUUCAACUUCAUGAAUGACAGUACAAACGUGGCCGUGCUUCUGAGACUGCUGGACGUGGGGGGCACAGGGCAGAGGCAGCAGACGCCCAGAGCCCAGAAGCAGCUGGAGGCCAUCAGAGACUUUCUGGAUCCUAAGAGGGGUGGCUACAGCUGGCAGGAGGCCCACGCAGACAUGGGGCGCCUGGCAAGAGUACUGGGCCAAAUCAUGGAGUGUGUGUCCCUGGACAAGCUGGAGGCUGUGCCCUCGGAGGACGCUCUGGUGUCCCGUGCCAUGGAGUUGCUAGGCGAGCGCCGCCUCUGGGCUGGCGUCGUCUUCCUGAGCCCAGAGCCAUCCGAACUGUCGUCUCCAGCCCUGGGUCCUGCCCACCUGCGACUCAAGAUUCGAAUGGAUAUUGAUGAUGUCACGAGGACCAAUAAGAUCAGGGACAAGUUCUGGGACCCAGGCCCAUCAGCAGAUCCUCUCAUGGACCUUCGGUAUGUGUGGGGCGGCUUCGUGUACCUGCAGGACCUGCUGGAGCAGGCCGCUGUGCGCGUGCUCAGUGGCGGGGAUUCCCGCGUGGGCUUCUAUCUGCAGCAGAUGCCACACCCCUGCUACGUGGAUGAUGUGUUCCUGCGGGUGCUGAGCCGGUCUCUGCCUCUGUUUCUGACUCUGGCCUGGAUCUAUUCGGUGGCGCUCACCGUGAAGGCGGUGGUGCGCGAGAAGGAGACGCGGCUGCGGGAAACCAUGCGCGCGAUGGGGCUGAGCCGCGCCGUGCUCUGGCUUGGCUGGUCCCUCAGCUGCCUGGGGCCCUUCCUGGUCAGCUCCGCGUUGCUGGUUUUAGUGCUGAAGCUAGGGAACAUCCUCCCUUACAGCCACCCGCUUGUAGUCUUCCUUUUCUUGGCGGCCUUCGCGGUGGCCACCGUCGCUCAGAGUUUUCUGCUCAGCGCCUUCUUCUCGCGGGCCAACCUGGCGGCAGCCUGCGGGGGCCUCGCCUACUUCGCACUCUAUCUGCCCUAUGUGCUGUGCGUCGCCUGGCGCGAGCGGCUGCCCCGGGGCGGACUCUUAGGCGCGAGUCUGCUGUCCCCUGUAGCCUUCGGCUUUGGCUGUGAGAGCCUGGCGCUGCUGGAGGAGCAGGGAGACGGGGCUCAGUGGCACAAUUUGGGCACAGGCCCCGCGGAGGGUGUCUUCAGCCUGGCGCAGGUGUCUGCCUUCCUGUUGCUAGACGCCGUCGUCUACGGCCUUGUCCUCUGGUACCUAGAGGCUGUGUGCCCAGGCCAGUAUGGAAUCCCUGAACCAUGGAAUUUCCCUUUUCGGAGGAGCUACUGGUGUGGACCUGGACCUCCCAAGAGUUCUGUCUCGGCCCCUGCUCCACAAGAUCCCAAAGUUCUGGUAGAAGAGCCACCCCCUGGCCUGGUUCCCGGCGUCUCCAUUAGAGGCCUGAAGAAGCAUUUUCGUGGCUGUCCGCAGCCAGCCCUGCGAGGGCUCAACCUUGACUUCUAUGAAGGCCACAUCACUGCCUUUUUGGGUCACAACGGGGCUGGCAAGACAACCACACUGUCCAUCUUGAGCGGUCUCUUCCCACCCAGCAGCGGCUCGGCCUCCAUCCUGGGCCACGAUGUGCAAACCAACAUGGCCGCCAUCCGGCCUCACCUGGGCAUCUGCCCGCAGUACAAUGUGCUGUUUGACCUGCUGACGGUGGAAGAGCACAUUUGGUUCUACGGUCGUUUGAAAGGCGUGAGCGCAGCCGCCAUGGGCCCCGAGCAGGAGCAUCUGAUCCGGGAUGUGGGGCUCAUCCCCAAGCGGGGCACGCAGACGCGUCACCUCUCCGGUGGAAUGCAGCGCAAACUUUCUGUGGCCAUUGCCUUCGUGGGCGGCUCUCGCGUGGUUAUCAUGGACGAGCCCACAGCUGGCGUGGACCCCGCUUCCCGCCGUGGCAUUUGGGAAUUGCUACUUAAGUACAGAGAAGGUCGGACGCUGAUUCUCUCCACUCACCACCUGGAUGAGGCAGAGCUCUUGGGAGAUCGUGUGGCUAUGGUGGCGAGAGGCUCUCUGUGCUGCUGUGGGUCCCCGCUCUUCUUGCGCCGACACUUGGGCUGUGGUUACUACCUGACGCUGGUGAAGAGCUCUCAGGCCCUUGUCAGCCAUGACACGAAGGGAGACAGUGAGGACCCCGGAUGGGAAAAGAUGUCAGACAGUAAACUUGAGGCCGCAGACACAGCGUUCACACAAGGAAGCUCGGACAAGGGCCGCCAGGCCCCAGCUCCCAGUGCUGUCACCAUCACCCCAAGUACAGCCCCGAUCCUGGAGCUGGUGCAGCAGCAUGUGCCGGGAGCACAGCUGGUGGAGGAACUGCCCCACGAGCUGGUGCUCGCUCUGCCCUACGCGGGAGCCCUGGAUGGCAGCUUCGCCGUGCUCUUCCGAGAGCUGGAUCAGCAACUGGAGCUCCUGGGGCUCACCGGCUAUGGGAUCUCAGACACCAGCCUGGAGGAGAUCUUCCUAAAGGUGGUGGAGGACGCACACAGAGAAGCCUCCGUUUGCUCCAGAGGCUCUGGCUUCCUUUUCCCUGGAAGCAAGGCCUUGUCCCCAGCCCUGAAGCCUGUCGGUCCCACAGGAAGCGACUCCGGGCAGCAGCUGCACCUGCGCACGUCGGCUCCGCAGCCCCCCACAGGGCCAGAGGCAUCAGUUCUGGAGAAUGGGGAGCUGGCUAAGCUGAUGCUGGACCCCCAAACCCCACGGGACUCUGUGCCCAACGCUGCCCAAGUUCAAGGCUGGACGCUUACCUGCCAACAGCUCCGGGCUCUGCUCCACAAGCGUUUCCUGCUUGCCCGUCGCAGCCGCCGGGGCCUGUUUGCACAGAUCGUGCUGCCCGCCCUCUUCGUGGGCCUGGCCCUGUUCUUCAGCCUCAUUGUGCCUCCUUUUGGUCAGUACCCAGCCCUGCAGCUCAGCCCCGCUAUGUACGGCCCUCAGGUCUCCUUCUUCAGUGAGGAUGCCCCUGGGGACCCCAACCGGAUGAAACUGCUAGAGGCUCUGCUCGGAGAGGCUGGGCUGCCGGACCCCAGUGCGCAGGGCAAAGCUGCCAGGGGAUCCGAGUGUACCCACUCCCUGGCUUGCUACUUCACAGUCCCCGAGGUCCCUCCCGAUGUAGCCAGCGUCCUGGCCCGCGGCAACUGGACGCCAGAGUUUCCAUCCCCAGCCUGCCAGUGCAGCCAGCCCGGAGCCCGCCGCCUGCUGCCAGAUUGUCCGGCAGGAGCUGGGGGUCCGCCACCCCCCCAGGCUGUGGCCGGCUUUGGGGAGGUAGUCCAGAACCUCACUGGCCGAAACGUGUCUGACUUUCUGGUGAAGACGUACCCCAGCCUGGUGCGCCGAGGCCUGAAGACCAAGAAGUGGGUGGAUGAGGUCAGAUAUGGGGGCUUCUCCCUGGGAGGCCGAGAUCCAGACCUGCCCUCAGGGCAUGAGGUGGCCCGCGCAGUGGCGGAGAUGCGGGUGCUGCUGAGCCCCCAAUCUGGCAAUGUGCUAGACCGUAUCCUGAACAACCUCACCCAGUGGGCCCUUGGCCUUGAUGCCCGGAACAGCCUCAAGAUCUGGUUCAACAACAAGGGCUGGCACGCCAUGGUCGCCUUUGUGAACCGAGCCAACAAUGGACUCCUACAUGCCCUCCUACCGUCGGGCCUGGUCCGCCACGCCCACAACAUCACUACGCUCAACCAUCCUUUGAACCUGACCAAGGAGCAGCUGUCUGAAGCCACGCUGAUCGCCUCCUCCGUGGAUGUCCUUGUCUCCAUCUGUGUGGUCUUUGCCAUGUCAUUUGUCCCAGCCAGCUUUACUGUGGUCCUCAUAGAGGAGCGCGUCACCAGAGCCAAGCAUCUGCAGCUGGUCAGCGGGCUGCCACAAACCCUCUACUGGGUUGGCAACUUCCUGUGGGACAUGGGUAACUACUUGGUGGCAGUGUGCAUAGUGGUGCUCAUCUUCCUGGCCUUUCAACAGAGAGCCUACGUGGCCCCAGAGAACCUGCCUGCUCUCUUACUCUUGCUACUGCUGUAUGGCUGGUCUAUCACGCCACUCAUGUACCCAGCUUCCUUCUUCUUCUCCGUGCCCAGCACGGCCUAUGUGGUGCUCACCUGUAUCAACCUCUUCAUUGGCAUCAACAGUAGCAUGGCCACCUUCGUGCUGGAACUGCUUUCAGAUCAGAACCUGCAAGAAGUGAGCCGGAUCCUGAAGCAAGUGUUUCUUAUCUUCCCCCACUUCUGCCUUGGCCGAGGGCUCAUUGACAUGGUGCGGAACCAAGCCAUGGCAGAUGCCUUUGAGCGUUUAGGAGACAAGCAAUUCCAGUCACCCCUACGCUGGGACGUCAUUGGCAAGAACCUCCUGGCCAUGGUGGCUCAGGGACCCCUGUUCCUCCUCAUCACACUCCUGCUCCAACACCGCCAUCGCCUGCUGCCACAACCAAAACAGAGACCGCCGCCGCCCCUGGGGGAGGAGGAUGAGGAUGUGGCUCAGGAGCGUGAGCGGGUGACCAUGGGGGCCACCCAGGGGGAUGUGCUGGUCCUCAGGGACUUGACCAAGGUGUACCGUGGGCAGCGGAGCCCAGCUGUGGACCGCCUGUGCUUAGGGGUCCCCCGAGGGGAGUGUUUCGGGCUGCUGGGUGUCAAUGGGGCAGGGAAGACAUCCACCUUCCGCAUGGUGACGGGGGACACGCUGCCCAGCAGUGGCGAGGCAGUGCUGGCAGGCCACAACGUGGCCCAGGAGCCGUCUGCUGCGCACCGCAGCAUGGGCUACUGUCCCCAGUCCGACGCCAUCUUCGACCUGCUGACUGGCCGGGAACAUCUGGAACUGUUUGCACGCCUGCGUGGGGUGCCCGAGGCCCGGGUUGCCCAGACUGCGCUUUCUGGCCUGGUGCGCCUGGGUCUUCCUAGCUAUGCAGACCGACCCGCCGGUACCUACAGCGGAGGCAACAAACGGAAGCUGGCGACAGCCCUGGCUCUGGUUGGUGACCCAGCUGUGGUCUUUCUGGACGAGCCCACCACAGGCAUGGACCCAAGUGCGCGGCGAUUUCUUUGGAACAGCUUGCUGUCCGUGGUGCGCGAGGGCCGCUCCGUAGUGCUCACGUCGCACAGCAUGGAGGAGUGCGAAGCGCUCUGCACGCGCCUGGCCAUCAUGGUGAACGGGCGGUUCCGCUGUCUGGGAAGCGCUCAGCAUCUCAAAAGCAGGUUCGGGGCUGGCCACACACUGACUCUCAGGGUCCCACCGGACCAGCCUGAAGCAGCGAUAGCCUUCGUCGAGACCACAUUCCCUGGUGCCGAGCUCCGGGAGGCACACGGCAGCCGGCUGCGCUUCCAGCUGCCGCCUGGGGCCGGAUGCGCCCUGGCACGAGUGUUCAGGGAGCUGGCUGCGCAGGGCAAGGCCCACGGUGUGGAGGACUUCUCCGUGAACCAGACCACUCUGGAGGAGGUGUUCCUAUAUUUCUCCAAAGACCAAGGGAAAGAGGAGGAGGAGGAGGAGGACAGUCGGCAGGAGACUGAAAGAGGGGAGGUUUCCACAUCCAGCCGGCAGCAUCCCAGACGCCUCAGCCGAUUCCUGGAAGACCCCAGCUCUGUGGAGACCAUGAUCUGAGCAUGCCUGCCUUGGGGCUGAGUGGCACCGCUCAGUCUGAGGGUCUCUGUGCCACACACGGGCCUGGAAAGCCUUGGGCUCUGGAGGAAAUAAAAAGGAACAAGACUGAGA